GUGUCGGGAUUGGAAUGCUAGCGAGCAACAAUCGGAACAACUGAGCACUCGGUAAUUGGACACUCCGUCUGAGGAAUCCUGCAGUUUUUUCCCAGCGAGUCCGUCCAGUUUGAGGCUGCCGCUCGCUCCCCUCUGCUCGGCCGGACAACUUCGCCCGCUCCGCCGCUCUCUUCCGACCAUGUUCUUUUGAUAUUUGUGAGGGAAUGAGCGGAGGUGAUAAAUAAGCAGAGAAAUGCAGGGAUUUGUCAGGUUACAGUUGGACCGCUGAAGCGUCUCCCGGUGUUUUUGAUUCUUCCGAACCGGGCACCAUGGAGCGAUAAAAGGACAACAUCCAGCCGAAGAGGCGUUCACACCGCCGGGGAUUCUUUCUUUCUUUCUUCUUCUUUUUCUUUUCUUUUCUUUUUUUUCUUUUUUUAUUCUACUCGGUGUUCAACAUCCAACCUUCACGUCUGGGAGAGCCUCGGGGACCCCGGUCGCUGGCGCUCCCGCCUGGAUGAGGGGAAGCGGCCGCAGCGCAGAGGCUCCGGACGGGUCUUUGUCGGUGCGUCGCUGGAUGUGGUGAAACUCCACAAGCGGCGUACAAAUCGCCCACAUGCGCUGGAUCAAUCGCCGGAUCUCGGAGCACAACACGGAGAAGGGCGGUUGGGGAUGGAGCGAUGCAGCCGGGGCUGGUGAGAGCCUAACUUGGGGCCACUUUAGCUGUGUUAUUCCUGAGCAAGUCGCCUCUGUUCCCGAGACACAUGCAGGCCAAAAAACGCUACCUGAUCCUGCUGUCCGCCGGAGCGUGCCUGGCGCUGCUCUUCUACCUCGGAGGGGUUGAGCUUCCAGCGGCCAGGAGGAGCCGGCAGGACCGUAGCAGGAGCGGGUACCGGCCAGAGCAGCCGUGGCCCCACUACUCGGACCCUUUACACGCCUUCCUGCCCUGGGAUCAGACGGACACCGAGGAUUACAACCUGCACAUAUCUCCGACGCAGAAGCGGGACGUGAACAGGAGCGUUUACAGGGCCAAGCGGUGCCGCAUGGAUUCCUGUUUCGACUUCUCUCUGUGUCAGAAGAACGGCUUCAAAGUUUAUGUUUACCCCCAGCAGAAGGGGGAGAAGAUCUCGGAGAGCUACCAGAACAUCUUAUCCACCAUCGAGGGCUCCAGGUUCUACACCUCCGACCCAGGACAGGCAUGUCUGUUCGUCCUGAGUCUGGACACUCUGGAUCGGGACCAGCUGUCCCCUCAGUACGUCCACAACCUGAAGACUAAGGUCCAGAGCCUGCCUUUGUGGAACGACGGCAGGAACCACCUCAUCUUUAACCUGUACUCCGGAACCUGGCCGGACUACACGGAGGAUCUGGGCUUUGACAUCGGCCAGGCCAUGCUGGCCAAGGCGAGCAUCGGUUCUGAGAACUUCAGGCCCAACUUCGACGUUUCCAUUCCGCUCUUCUCCAAGGAGCACCCUCGGACCGGAGGGGAAAGGGGUUUCCUGAAGUACAACUCCAUCCCGCCUUUUAGAAAGUACAUGCUGGUGUUCAAGGGGAAGCGCUACCUGACCGGGAUUGGCUCGGACACGCGGAAUGCCUUAUACCACGUCCACAACGGGGAGGACGUGGUGCUGCUCACCACCUGCAAGCAUGGGAAGGACUGGCAGAAACACAAGGACGCACGGUGCGACAAGGACAACGCGGAAUAUGACAAAUAUGACUACAAGGAGAUGCUCCACAACUCCACCUUCUGCUUGGUGCCCCGCGGCAGACGUCUGGGCUCCUUUCGGUUCCUCGAGGCGCUGCAGGCUGCGUGUGUGCCGGUGAUGCUGAGUAACGGAUGGGAGCUUCCUUUUUCUGAAAUCAUCGACUGGAACACCGCCGCAGUCAUCGGCGACGAGAGACUCCUCCUGCAGAUCCCAACCACGGUGCGCUCCAUCCACCAGGACAAGAUCCUGUCGCUCAGACAGCAGACUCAGUUCCUCUGGGAGGCGUACUUCUCCUCUGUGGAGAAGAUAGUGCUGACCACGCUGGAGAUAAUCCAGGACCGAGUGCUGGAGCACGGCUCCAGGAGCAGCCUGAUGUGGAACAGCCACCCUGGAGGCCUGUUUGCCUUGCCGCAGUACUCCGGAUACCUGGGAGACUUCCCCUUUUACUACGCCACACUGGGUAUUAAACCGUACCCCAAGUUCACUGCAGUCAUCCAUGCCGUCUCCCCUCUGGUGUCCCAGUCCCAACCCAUUCUCAAGCUACUGGUAGCUGUGGCCAAAUCCCAGUACUGUGCUCAGAUUAUCGUCCUGUGGAACUGCGACAAGCCGCUCCCGGCCAAACACCGCUGGCCCGCCACCUCCGUGCCCGUCAUCGUGAUCGAGGGAGAGAACAAGGUCAUGAGCAGCCGCUUCCUGCCGUACAAGUCCAUCGUGACCGACGCUGUCCUCAGCCUGGAUGAAGACACCGUGUUGUCCACCACAGAGGUGGACUUUGCUUUCACCGUCUGGCAGAGUUUUCCGGAGCGGAUCGUGGGUUAUCCGGCCCGCAGCCACUUCUGGGACAGCAACAAGGAGCGCUGGGGCUACACCUCCAAAUGGACCAACGACUACUCUAUGGUUCUGACCGGCGCCGCCAUGUUCCACAGGUACUACCACUUCCUGUACACCCACUACCUGCCCAGCAGCCUGAAGAACAUGGUGGACCAGCUGGCCAACUGCGAGGACAUCCUGAUGAACUUCCUGGUGUCGGCCGUCACCAAGCUGCCGCCCAUUAAGAUCACACAGAAGAAGCAGUACAAGGAGACCAUGAUGGGGCAGUCUUCACGGGCGUCUCGCUGGGCCGACCCGGACCACUUCGCCCAGCGGCAGACCUGCAUGAACAAGUUCGCCAGCUGGUUUGGCGCCAUGCCGCUCAUCCACUCCCAGAUGAGGCUGGACCCCGUGCUCUUCAAGGACCAGGUCUCCAUCCUCCGCAAAAAAUACAGGGACAUCGAGAGGCUCUGACAGGACCGCCGCCCCCUCGGGGGGGACUCCACGCAGGGGGAGGCGCGCGACAGAGACUCCGUGGAGAGCCGGAGGAGCAGCCGGACCACGGCCGGAUGGGCGGGGAGAGACGGCGCUCUGUCUUCCACUCAGCACAUGGCCAAUGACCACAGCGCCGCCGCCGCUGCUCCCGGGACCUGAUCCGGACGGGAAUCAGGAGGAAACAGAAACAAUGCAAACAGAGACACAAACAGAACUGGAUGUUUCACACGGCGCGCACUACUGACGACACAAAAAAAGAAACUGUGGGUUAGAAUAUUUUUUUGUACGAGGAAAAACCCUGGAGGACGUCGACUUUCCUGCUUUCUCCGCACAUGUGCAGGAUGGUAGAGGGGAGGGGCGUUUGAGCGUUCCUCAUCCGCAUCAGGACAUGAAACCGGACCCGACAGAGAGAUCCGACUCCUGUAGGUAGAAGCUGUUCGCACACAGAGCUUUGGUUUAGUUUGCUGGUGUUCUCCCGACACACCGGAGAGACGGUCUCCCAUCACCUGUUCCUCAAAUUAAACUGAUUUCAAAGAUAUUAAUAAGUGGAUCCAGAGGUCAUCAAAGGUCAACAAACCUGGAAAAAUCAAAUGGAAUAUGGUGUCACUUUGUGCCAUUAUAAUAUUUAAGAUUUUU